GAUCCAGGACUCGAACCACACAGUUGGCCAUGUAGGAUCCAGUGACUUAGCCAUCACGUAAUCUGCUGGCCCCAAACCGGACACUUCUGAGAAUGAGGUGCUAUCCAUAAUUACACCAGGACAAAGGUGAAACCAGGGACUGUCCCAGGCAAAGCAGGAAGUAAAUACAGUUGCUCUGGCUACGCUGUAGGGAACACAGGGUACAGGGGUCAUCAGGCCCAGCACCCACAGUGGGACACCGGUUCUUGUCCGAAGCUUAUGAAGAUGACAGACCCAGGCGUAGUAGUCUUUGCCAUCAACCUCCUUGAACUGGUGUCCACAGCAGACUUCUAGACUUUCUACCGACUUGAAGCGCCCUGCUGCUCCGUCAUGGCCAGUCAGCAGUUUGCCAACAAACUGCAAGAGGAAUUGACCUGCCCCAUCUGCAUGGACAUUCUAAAGGGCCCUGUCACCGUCGACUGCGGGCACAAUUUCUGCCUCACAUGCAUCACCCAGAGUGCGGAAAUGUCAGAUGGCUCUCACAAAUGCCCUCUCUGCAACAUGCCCGUGAAGAACACAUACAGCCCCAACUGGCUCCUGAUGAAUCUGAUAGAGAAAAUCGGAAGUAUGGAUUUUUCUGGAAUGCAGCCACAAAGGGAAGACCUGAAAUGUCCAACGCACGAGGAGAAGUUCCAUUACUUCUGUGAGAACGACGGGGAGUUCCUCUGCAUGGUGUGCUGUAAGACCAAGGAACACAAGCUCCAUAAUUCCAUCUUGAUAGAAGAAGCUGCCCAGAAUUACAAGGAGCAGAUUCAGGCACAGGUCGCGGUCCUGCGGCAAAAAGAGAAGAUGAUAGAACAAAUAAAGGAACAGGGUGAACAGAAGAUCCAUUUCUUCAGGACCCAGGUGGCAUCUGAGAGGCAAAGGAUCCUCACAGAAUUCAGUAACCUGGAACGGGUCCUCAACGAGGAGAAGAAAUUCCUCCUAUCCAGGAUCGACUGGCUGGGUCAGCAGGGGACCGAGGGGAGGAGACUGUAUGUCACUUUCCUUGAGACACAGCUGAAGUCUCUCUCGCAGCUCACUAACCUCCUGCAGGCCAAGCAGCAAAUGCCACCCAAACAGCUGUUGAGGGACAUCAGAUUCGUCCUGAACAGGAGUAGAGGGUUUCAAUUUCUCAACCCGAUCCCUGUUCCUCCGGACCUGGAUAAAAAACUCAGUGAAGCAAAAUCAAGACAUGACUCCCUUCAAGACAGCCUGCGGAGAUUUAAAGACAACCUACAGGCUGAUGGGAAGAAAGAUCAAAACAGAUUCUUCAAAGGCAUGAAUAGAGCCCAGAAGCAAAACUGGCACCAGUUAGAGAAAAACAAAUCAGAGCAAGCCUCAAAGCCUGAGUCAUCCUCUCCAGGCAUGCGGACACCCGAGCCGGGACGGCCAGGUCCCCUUCCCUCCGCUCUACGCCAGCCCCGAUCCCGGGACUCCUUGGCUGGGCCCCCCGCCACUCUCGCGCAGCUCCCGCCCAGGAGGAGGGAGUCCUUCGCCGCCGUCCCUCCAAAACCAGGCGGCUCUGAGAACGCGGCCGCGGGGAGCUUGGGCGCUGCGCAGACCGCGGAGCUCCCGGCCGCCCCGACCCCUGUGACUCUGGACGUGGCCUCGGCCCACCCAGACCUCAUCAUUUCCACAGAUCUAAAGACAGUGACGCUAGACCUGCCCACCGAGGGCGGUUCCAAGGAGCCCUCCGACCCGGAACGCUUCUACCCGUUCCACUGCGUGCUGGGCUCCGCCCGCCCCGGCUCCGGCCGCCAGGCCUGGGAGGUGGAGCUCCAUGGGCCCGGGGGCGGGGCCUGCCUGGUGGGCGUGGCUUCGGACCCGGUGCCUCGGCAGGGCUACCUGCUGUUGGCGCCCGCGGCCGGCUUCUGGGUGCUGCGCCUCUCGGGCGACGACUGCCACGCGAUCGUCCGGGACGGUUCCCGGGAGAAACUCCCGGUCCGACCGAGGAAAGUGGGCGUGUGCGUGGAUUACGAGAGCGGGGAGGUGGUCUUCUACGAUGCCACCACGAGGAACCACAUCUACACCUUUCAGGCCUUCUUCCCAGGGCAGGUCUUCCCCUUUUUCCGGCUCCUGAGUACGGGCACCCAAGUCACCCUAAAUCCCUAGAGCUGUUCCUUUGCCUUCCUCUCCGUCUUCUCCUGCUCCCCCUUUAUUUUGGGAUGUGCUGCAGGAGGGAGGGUUGAACCUGACUCCUUGGAGCCCUUUUGGAAGGUUACCCCUGAGAACGGAAUUCUUGCUGCUUUUCCUAUUCUAAGAUAUUUUCUUUCUUUUUUCUUUUUUUGAGAGGUUUUUGCUAUAGGGCAUGUGCGCUCG